AUGUCCCAAGACAUUUUUCCAUUGGGCGUCUCCUUUGUCAACACUGUAAAAACCAGCGUUAAUCCCAGCUCCAAAUCUCCAUCCAGGAGAAGUCAAAGGCCCCUCCCUGGUGCGGACUAUAAAGACCGGAGCUGGUGCUGGUUCAAGCAAAACCUGAGAGGAACCAUGAAGACUGUGUUAGCUCUGGCUCUGCUGCUGGUCCUGGCCCUGCUGGCGGAGGGAAGCCCCCGGCCUGACAGGAAGCUGACCAUCUAUGACCUCGUUCGCGGAGGAGACAGUGGUAAAGAGGCAGCUCCAGCCAUGAUUCCCACCAAGCGCCCCACUCCCUCCAAAGGCUCUGAUGGCUUCAAUCUGGAGGACGCUCUGUCGCCCGCGGAUCCUGGGAAGAGCGGCGCCGCAGACCAGACCGACAUCAUACAGGCUCUGGCUGAGAUCCGGAAGCGUCUGGACGUUCUGAUGGAGGUGGAGAACACACAGAUGCGGCUGCUGCAGCAGAGGAACAGAUGCUGA